AUGCCUUCCCUUAGCCAACAUACCAAAUCAUCCCUUGACGGCGCCCCUGGGAUGGCUCCUUGCAGAAACUGCGGUGAUACGCUAGAAAUACUACAAGGCAAAAUGGCUUCAUAUACUCUACCUAUUGGGGUUCGGCCUAACAGUUUGCACAAAGACUUCUAUGACAAUUUAGUUAAGGGUCCACAUGUUAUAGACACAAAGCAUGAUUACCUGUGCCUGUGCGGGGACCCAGAGGCUCAUAUUCACUGUUUACAAUGCCUGACGGAGAUCCUUAAGGAACAAACGGCAAAAGAAAUGGAUUUCCCCGAGGUUCUUUAUCCAGACCCACGGUCCCUCGCGGAAGACUCCAUGGCGACUCUCCUUUCAUUUGUUGAAUCCGCGGAGCCCCCUCCCCCACAAUGUUCCCACAGACUAGCCUCUCGCACUUCUCGUAGUGGCAAUCCGGAGGUUUUUCCACGCUCCAUCGCCGACGUCCACAUUGAUGAUAUCACCCAAGGAAGAGAUAUGGGAAUGAUAUUUCAUCAGCAGAUCGGCUCUACGAUGCUGUGUAGAAAUUCUGAAACCCCGAUGACUAUCGCGGAGCAACCGAAUCACGUUCAAUAUUGGAUGAGGAAAAAUUACGGUUCUGCGGCAAAGGGCUACAAAUGGCCGCCUGGUGACAAGCCAAUACAAAUCGUAACGCCUCAGACCGCUUUUCUAGAACGGUUUAGUGAGGAUAUUAUGUGUCACAGUACCUGCGUUGACAACGGUAGCAAAGAUCUCUUACAAUACAGUUAUUGCCGGAUGAUUGAAUCUGGUAUCAUAGUGUGGCUCAUGGAUCUAGGAGUACUCGACAGCCCUUGCUGUGGCAACUGCGAUAUGGAUAGUUUGGUUUUGGCAUUGUCUUUUUCAGUCGAUACGAAUGAUAGGAUCAGGGAUGAGCUGACCGGGGAACUUUUCAAUGUUCACAAAGCAUCGAGCAGACAGGUCACGAACCAGCUGGGUUUGGAGGCAUGGAAAUGGUAUGUUAUUCAUGGGGCUGAUGGAUUUUGUUGCGAACGAGCUCGGAGAUUUUUCCGCGCAAACAGAAAUAUGUUUAUUUGGGGAAUUUGCGGUCCCGGAUAUUACACUCAUGUAUGGGGGCAGAAGGAAGGGGUUAUGCAAUUUGCGGUAGCGCUCCAUCAUUUCCUGAUGAAAAGUAUCAGAAGAAGUCAAGAUGGGUGUAAAGAUGUUGGAAGGGAAGGCCCGGCUUUAGUUGACGAGAUGGUUAAACGUGCUAAUGCCUCUAGAUUGGUUGAUUUCUUGGUUUACUUUUGUGCCUAA